AUGGCUGCUCCCCCGUCAUCCCGGCCCGGCUUCACACCAUCUGGCACCGCGAUGGCCUCACCACCCGACCUGGAUCUGGCCUUCCCGCAGGAUGCCUUCCCCCGCCUGUCGGUCGCAACACCCACGCGGCUGCUGCUGGGCACAGUCUCGUCGGCGCUCGUGGGCUUCUCGCUCGGGGCGACGCAGGGUGGUCAGAUGGCGCAGCUGCGGUUCCGGGCCGAGCACGCCCACAAGAUGCCCGACACGACGACAGGGUGGUACUUUUACCACAAGAGCAAGAACUACCACGCCAUGCAGGGCGGCAUCCGUGAGGGCUUCCGCAUGGGGUUCAAGACGGGGUUCUGGAGCUUGAUGGCCUUGUCACUCGAGAGCACGGUCGAUCGUUAUCGCGGGGCCAGCGACAUGUUUUCCACCACGAUAGCCACGCUUACGGUUGCUGGCGCGUUUUCACUCUGGCCAUGGCACUUGCAGCCGAGAGAUGGAAAGCGACGGGUAGAUAUUGCAAGAUCAGAGUCAAAGAGUGGGGGGCUAACAAGCGCCGAACAUCGGCGUGUGCAUCUAGAUCGCCUGUCAUUAACAACCGCCGCCCGGACCGCGCGAUACGGGCUCAUGUUCGGUCUCGCGUACGGUGGGAUUCAAGACCUCGUUGGCUUAGCCCGAGGCAGACCGAUCGGAUAUGUCGAGUUUCUUCGACGUCGACGAUUAGCUGAGGAUGAUGCUCGAGCAUUGUAG